AUGGCCGCCCGCACAAAGUUUGUGGAAUACAUCGAUAAAAACGCAGAUAUUUUCAUCGAGCGGCUGGCACAGGCAGUUAGGAUUCGGAGCAUAAGCAGCGAUGCCCGCCGUCGGCAAGAUGUCAUCGCAAUGGGAAACUGGCUGAAUGAUCAGCUCGUAUCUCUCGGCGUGACGACGAAGCUCGUCGAUCUCGGGACCCAUGUUAUGCAGGGCCAGACGCUCCCUCUUCCUCCCGCAAUCUUGGGAAAGUUGGGCGAAGAUAAGAACAAGCGAACGAUCUUAAUCUACGGCCACUAUGAUGUACAGCCCGCACUCAAGUCGGACGGUUGGAAUACAGAUCCGUUUGAACUCGUCGUCGAUAACGAAGGGGGGAAGCUGAUUGGACGUGGCGCGACGGACGACAAAGGUCCAAUCAUGGGUUGGCUGAACGUCAUUGAGGCGCACAAAAGCCUGGGUCUCGAUAUGCCUGUCAACUUGCGCUUUUGCUUCGAGGGAAUGGAGGAAAAUGGAAGCGAAGAGCUCGAUGAGUGUGUUAUCGGUGAAGUCGGAAAGGGAAAAGAAGGGUACUUCAGCGGUGUAGAUUGCGUUUGCAUCUCUGACAAUUAUUGGCUUAACACGCGCACUCCCGCACUAACUUAUGGCUUGCGUGGUAUCGCAUACUUCAGUAUCAAUAUUACUGGGCCCGGCCAGGACCUUCACUCUGGCCUUUUCGGUCGUAUGGUGCACGAGCCAAUGACGGAUCUCAUCAAGCUCAUGAGCAGACUUGUGGAUAAUAACGGCAAUAUACUCAUUCCCGGCGUGGAUGAAAUGGUCCCGCCCCCAACUCCAGAGGAGAUUAAGCUGUACAAGGAGAUGGACUACACCACAGCGGACGUAGAAGAAGCUGCUGGCGGCCCGAUCGCGAUCUCAGAAGACAAAGUGACAGUUCUGAUGGCGCGCAUGCGGAGCUCAUCCCUUUCACUGCAUGGAAUUGAAGGUGCUUUUUCGGACGUUGGUUGUAAGACUGUAAUACCUUCUAAGGUCGGCGGCAAGUUUAGCAUACGGCUCGUUCCCCCUCAAACUCCGGAGAAUAUCAUUCCGCUUGUCAAGGCAUACCUUGAGUCGGAGUUUGCCAAGUUGAACAGUAAGAACAAGAUGUUCGUCGAAUACUUGCAUGGAGGGAAACCUUGGGUUGCGGAUGUGAAGCAUUGGAACUUUGAAGCUGCAAAACGAGCGAUUGAGGCGAUAUACAACAAGACACCCGACUACACACGUGAGGGCGGAUCGAUCCCUGUCACGCUCACUUUCGCGGAAGCUUUGGGUGUGAAUGUCCUAUUAUUGCCCAUGGGUCGUGCCGAUGAUGGUGCUCACUCGACUAACGAGAAGUUGGAUCGGUCGAACUUCAUCGAAGGGACGAAGGUCCUGGGUACCUAUCUAUACGAGGUAGCCGCUGCUGUAUGA